GGUCAAUACUACAGCCAAAAGCAAACACUGACGAUUAUCCCACCCCAGACGCCAGCCGCGGUGCAAGUCUCGCGUGUUGCCCCCCCGGACAGAGGCUAUGGUAGGGUGCUGACUGGAACCUGCCGUCCGUAGCCAUUCCAGACCCGCUGCUUGUGUUGGACACCCGCGUUAUUAUGAGGUACGAUGACGGACCACACAGCUUAUCACGCUCUCGGCGAGGGAGGUGUUCCUGGUGACGAUCCUGCGAACCAGAACCGAAUGGGUCAGGGUCUUCCGAGCCCCCAGGCCUAUGCCAAUCUGCCUCUGAACCAACAAUGGCCGCCGUAUGGCUCCCCUCAAUCGGCUGCCUCCCCCGCAACCCCGUACGCCGGAGGAGGGGACAAUACCAUGGCCGGACUAGCCUCACAGAUGGGAGGAUUGGGGAUAUCGACGGAGGGAACUGCUCGCCCCCAUCAUAAGAAGAAGCAUCGACAUGCUUACCACGAUAUUGGUGGCGGUGGUGGUGGUGGUGCCGUCGCUCCAGCCCCGCCAGCGUUCAACGGAGGCGUGCAACAGCCAACGUCGCAAUUUUUGAAUACAGGAUUGAGCCAGCCCUUGCGACCGGUGUCUCCAGCAACUGGUUUCCAGCAACCGGGUUAUGCUGUCCCCGGAGCGGUGCCCCCGCCAGUUGUCCCGCCAGUUGCCCCUAUAGCCGGCGGUUCAGAAUCGGUCCCAACUCAAGGAAAGAUUGACCCGGAGCAGAUCCCCAGUAUUCCCAAGUCUCGCGACAUCUAUGCGCAUCAUUAUUUCAACCAUGUGUAUCCCACCAUGGAACAUCACCUCCCCCCUCCGGCCGCCAUUCCAUUUGUUGCCCAUGAUCAAGGAAACUCGUCUCCUAAAUAUUGCCGUCUCACGUUGAACAACAUCCCUUCUACCUCUGACUUCCUUUCGUCCACGGCUUUGCCGCUGGGCAUGAUCCUGCAGCCCUUGGCUCGUCUGGACCCCGGCGAGCAACCGAUACCGGUACUGGAUUUCGGCGACGCAGGUCCUCCGCGAUGCCGCAGGUGUAGGACAUAUAUCAACCCGUUCAUGUCUUUCAAAUCCGGAGGCAGCAAGUUUGUCUGCAACAUGUGUACAUUCCCGAACGACGUUGCUCCCGAAUACUUUGCGCCUGUGGAUCCGUCGGGCUCCCGUGUCGAUCGCAUGCAGCGGCCUGAGUUGAUGAUGGGGACGGUCGAAUUUGUGGUCCCCAAGGAUUACUGGAACAAGGAACCUGUUGGUCUACAAUGGCUGUUUUUGGUCGAUGUCAGCCAGGAAUCGGUCAACAGAGGCUUCCUGGACGGAGUGUGCAAGGGAAUCAUGGAGGCUCUCUAUGGUACCGACGAUGAACCGGCAGCCGAAGGCGAGAACGAGUCGCCAUCCCGCAAGCUUCCCAGAGGCUCUAAGAUCGGUAUUGUUACUUUUGAUAAGGAAGUGCAUUUUUACAAUCUUAGCGGACAACUUGAACAGGCGCAGAUGAUGGUCAUGACCGAUUUGGAGGAGCCGUUUGUCCCGUUGAGCGAAGGUCUCUUUGUUGACCCUUACGAGUCCAGGACCGUGGUCUCCUCUCUCUUGAACCAGAUCCCGACGCUCUUCUCGCAGAUUAAAAACCCGGAGCCUGCCUUGCUCCCAGCCCUCAACGCCGCACUGUCGGCAUUGCACGCAACGGGUGGAAAAGUGAUCUGCUCUCUGGCAAGUCUGCCGACCUGGGGUCCUGGCAGGCUGGUGAUGAGAGAAGACCCGAAGGCUCACGGUACGGACACGGAGAAGAAGCUCUUCACUACGGAGAACCAGGAAUGGAGAACCACCGCAACCAAACUGGCCGAGGCCGGGAUCGGUGUUGACUUCUUUAUUGCUUCGCCGGGAGGUGCCUACAUGGAUGUUGCGACUAUCGGUCACGCAUCCGGAGUCACCGGCGGUGAAGUAUUCUUCUAUCCUAACUUCCAUGCUCCACGGGAUAUCCUGAAGUUAUCGCGCGAGCUGGCGCACGCGGUUAACCGUGAGACGGGAUACCAAGCUUUGAUGAAAGUUCGGUGCUCGAAUGGGCUGCAGGUAUCGGCUUAUCACGGCAACUUCCUGCAACAUACGUUUGGCGCGGAUCUGGAAAUCGGCUCCAUUGAUGCGGACAAGGCGAUCGGUGUGCUCUUCAGUUACGAUGGGAAGCUCAACACCAAGCUGGACGCUCAUUUCCAGGCGGCUUUACUGUAUACCUCUGCCGACGGUCAACGCCGGGUGCGAUGCAUCAACAUUGCGGCGGCAGUGAACGAAGGCGGCCUAGAGACGAUGAAAUUCAUCGAUCAGGAUGCAGUUGUCGCCAUCAUUGCCAAAGAGGCGGCCUCGAAAGUCCUCGAGAAAUCGCUGAAAGACAUUCGCGCCAACAUCACGGAGAAGACGGUGGACAUCUUCAGCGGCUACCGCAAGAUUUUCUCCGGCUCACACCCACCGGGGCAGCUGGUCUUGCCGGAGAAUCUAAAAGAGUUUUCGAUGUUCAUGUUGAGUUUGAUCAAAUGUCGAGCGUUCAAGGGCGGUCACGAAACUUCCGACCGACGGGUGCACGACAUGCGGAUGCUGUGCUCGAUCGGGUGCGCAGAGCUAUCGAUGUACCUUUACCCUCGGAUCAUCCCCAUCCACAACAUGCAGCCGGAGGACGGGUUUCCGAACGAGCAGGGCCAGCUGCAGGUACCACCGAGCCUGCGAGCGAGUUUCUCCAACAUCGAGGAAGGGGGCGUGUACCUGGUGGACAACGGGCAGAUGUGUCUGGUAUGGUUCCAUUCGCAGGUGUCGCCGAAUCUGCUGGAGGACCUGUUUGGGCCGGAAGCGACGUCGCUGCAGGCGCUGAGCGCGAACACGUCAUCGGUGCCCGUGCUGGAGACGCACCUCAAUGCCCAGGUGCGCAAUCUGCUGCAAUACCUGUCGACGACGCGGGGGUCCAAGGCGGUGACGGUGCAGCUGGCCCGACAAGGGCUGGACGGGGCCGAGUUCGAGUUUGCCCGCCUGCUCCUGGAGGACCGCAACAACGAGGCCCAGAGCUACGUGGACUGGCUGGUGCACAUCCAUCGGCAGAUAAACCUGGAAUUGGCGGGCCACCGGAAGAAGGAAGAGGCGGCGGGUGAGGGGACGCUGUCCACCCUGGCCAGCAUGCGGUCGCCAUAUUGGUAGAAUGGAGUAAAUCUUUUGGAGUCAAGUCCGAAGAACUCCGAACUAGAUACGACUCCGAGUAUUCCGGACUCUUACCUGUAGGCACAGGUAAAUCCUAGUCAAUAACAUCUUCAUUUAUUUAUUCUCUAU